AUGUUAUCUUAGAAAUUCAUUUCAGAUAGCCCUUCAAAAAAAAGAGACGAAAACGAUGAAUAGGAUUACCUAUUUGAAUAGUUAGAUUAAAUCAACAAACGUAUAUACAAUUACCAACAAUUGAUAAAAUAGAAGAUUAAUGUAUUGCUUGGAAAUAAUACUAUGAAAUCAAUUGAUUAUGAUAGUCUCCAAAAAUAAUUGUCAGAUCUCAGAUUAGAAGAGCAAAAGUAAUCAUCCUUAUUCUACAAUAGCUAUUCUUAAAUCUAAUUGGACAUUGACCGAUAGUAGAGCUAAGUGUUUGACUACUAUGAAUCCGAAUUCAAUAAGCUUAAGAGUUUAUACGAAACCAUAAAUAAAGAACAUUAAGGAUUUAUAAAAUAAAAAUAACAAGCUAACGAAUUAUAUUGUUAAUUGAUCGAAACUAAGCAAAUAUUGUAGGAGGACUUGAACACUCAUUUAUUACAAAGAGCCGAGUUGGUUGGAUAAAAGGAAGAAUUGGAGGAAUUUGUAGAAUAAGUUAAGAAUUAGAAUGAAUAAUUAUUUAUGAUUUCCUAGAUGUACUUUACAAAUGGUAAAAAACAUUAAGAAAAUGGAAAUUAGAUAGCAAUGCAGGAUAAAGAGAUUAAACUCUUGUCAUAAUAAAGAGAAGAAAAGUAGUAAUAAUUGGGAUUGUAGCAUCAAGCUACUUUGCUUGAAGUCCAAUUACAUUAAGCCAAUUAAAAAAUUAAGGUCUAAAGAAAUAAAAUUAUUCCAUUGCAUAAAAGUUUGAAUUUAGCUCAUCCUGAUAAUUUAUUUCAAGAAUUCUUAUAAUAGAGUGACGUGUAAUCAAUUGAUUAAAGUGAUUUUAAUUCUAAAUUGACACAUUAUCUUUCAUUAUUUAGAAAUAAUUUGUUUAAAAACUCAAAUUAGGGCACCAAUUGGACCAGCAUGAAGGAAUUCAUUACAUAAUUAGAAUAAUUUAUAAUAGUUUCAAUGCAAUAAAAAUUGAUAUAGACCUAAUUGUAGGAAAUGAAGCAAACACUAAGAUAGUAUGGAGAGGAAUUAUAGAUUUAAAAUAAGAUAUCAGAAAUUGACAAUUAAAUCGAGAUGAAGAGAUAGAUGAUUAGAGAAUUCGAAGAAUAGUAGGAACAAUUCAAAAUUAAUGAUGCUUAAGAUCAAUUCCAAAGUAUGAUUGAGUAGUCUGCCUUAGAGGCUUAUGAUAUGUACAAAACUUUGAAUAAAGAAUAGUUAUAAUAAAUGAAGGAGCAUUAGGAUUAUGAUAAAAUGCUCCUGAGCAUUUAGUAAGAAAUAACUUAGCUAAUUUCAGAGAAAGAAAAUAUGCAAUUUAUUAAUGUUAUUAAAUUGAUUGAAAAAUACGAGGCUGCUGAAUAGGCUAUAAAUACUAAUAUCUUUAUGGUUGAUCAAUAGAUUUUACCUUAAUUUAAAUAAGUUGUUCAAUAAUUAAGUAAAUUAAAAAGGGAGAUUGAACAUUUGAAUCAGAAUGAUAAGCAUUAGCUUGAAAGAACUAGUAAAAUAGAAUAAGAAAUUCAGUAUAUGGAAUAAGAAUUUAAAAAGAAGAUGGAUUAAUUUCAAAAAUAAGAAAAUGAAAUAAAUAAUAAGGUUUUUGAAAUAAAAUAAUAAGUUUAAUUGGUUUAGGAUUAAAUGAUCAAUAAAAUAAAGCCAAACAAAGCAUAAUUAGAAUAGGAAAUAUUGCAGAUGAACAAUUAACUAUCGUAAUUGUAAGAGUAGAAAUACAAUUUGGAGUAAAUAACCUACAAUCUCAAUUUAAAUGGUAUAAACAAAAGCCCAAGUAGAAGAAGUGUAUUAUCAAUUUCUAAAUCAUUGAACUAAUUGGCCAAACUAAAGUCAAACAUAACACCAAUAAAAUAGAUGAAAUAAUCAACUGCACUAAAAACAAAUUCAUCAUUAAAAUCCAUUAAAUGA